AUGUCGUCCAGGGCCUCGUCGUCCAGGGUUCCGUCAUCCCGCGCGCCACUACCCAGCACAUCGAAGCUACCACCAGGUGCUGAUGGGGACGAGCGCGGGCUAUUUCUUUUCGAGACGACUCUCGCGAGCAAGUUUGUUCCGUCUGCGGACAACCCCUUGCCUUCCCUCCGUUCAUACCACAGCGAAGACGUCAAGGCCAGGGUGAACAAUCUGAAGUACAUCUCCUGCCAAUACCUUGAUCACCCUAAUUUCAGGGGAUAUUGGUUUGUCGUCAAUGCCAGACACGACGUUAUCGACCCUCCCAUCGGACCUUCAAACAAGUACGCUUCGGCUCAGUGGCUAUCGGACGAGGAACCCUGGCUCGGCUUCACCCCGUCGUUUGGAGCGAACCAGGGGACCUACCUGUCUCCCCUGUGCAUCCCUAACCACGCCCUCCCAUACGCCACCACCCUCGACUUCAAAAACGAUUACAUCCUCCACCCUGACAUCAGCCGAACAUGGCGAUCUCUAGAAAUCGAUUUGUUGGCGAUCGCGAGAACUCUAGCGGAGCACCUCCCCCAUCUCCCCCCUCUUAAGCCACCUUCUAAGCCUUCAGAAUUCAAGUAUUCGGAUGCCUACACAUCAAGGCUGGAUGCGAUUGAGGCCAUCCGCAAAUCUCGAAACGCUUUCUCUCGACUGAUCACCUUUAUAUCGUUCUGCUUUUCGUUCUGGAACUUCUGCAACCACGUACACCCUCUCAACCCGAUGAUCAAAUGGUUCGACGUCAACAAACCCCACUGGUCGGCCGCCAUUCACCAACUAGCCAGAUCGUCAACCGCGGGCGACUUCAGGAUUCGGAAACCGGACGGGUUACUUCAUCGACCUGACCGCACCAACCUCCCGAUGGGCGCCGAUCCCUCAGCGACCGAGGCUGCGUACCAGGUGUCCAACCCAGAAUUUGCGCGUGUGGUGGCUUCGUGGAGGCCUUGGACUGGCAGGCUCUCCGCGGCUUAUGGUGACUUUCUCGCCCAGCUUCUCAAGCAGCCUGCACCACCCAGCUUCACGACGGUGUCGCUCGGUGGGGAGGAGGCCAUCGUUCCUGCUUUGGCGUGCCAUGGGUUCAUUCAGGGUGACUACGUGCCUGGGACAUCGCCUGCGGACUACUUCGCGAUGAAGCGCGAAAUGCGGAUUCGCUGGGAGAAUGGCCACACACUGUCGAAGGAAGCUCGGGAAUUCGCGAUGCGACCAGGAGAGUCUGCAACCUGGCAGCCGUACUUCUCGGCAUACAGUGUUUUUGUAUGGGAAUGCGAGAGAGGAGCGUGGUCUCGGAGACCUGUCGAUGCUAGUACAAAGAAAGCCCUCUUCGAGGCGUUUCCGUUUGCUCAGAGAUACUGGUGCCCCAUCAAUGAAGAAUUCGAAUUGUGCGAAUACCUGCAACCAGGAGCUGGGAGUGCUGAUCUCAUUUCAACUACCGACGACGGCACCCCCUUGAACUUGGAACCGCGACCCCAACUUUCGAUUUCCUCUUGGGAUUCCUUUUUCAGCCCAGCGUCCCCCGACCCAGACACCAGCGACGUGUCACUGCCCUCCCCGCACGGCGAAUCCUCCCUCAGCAUCGCUCCCAGUCCCCCCAGGGCCACGAUUGACCCUGAUUCAGAAAGCGAUUACGGCGACGAAGACCCUCCCCGCCCUGGCCCACCCUCUUCAUCAGUCCACCCCCCUUCUUCCACCUCCACCGUUCUCGACAGCCCUCCCGAAAUCGGCUCCAUCAUCUCUGCACGUCUGGGGUACGACCUUGUGCGAUCUUCGUCGCCCAAUGUCUCGCCGUUUUUCCCUGAAGGUUCAGUGGAGAGCAGAUCGCUGCAGUGCCUUGGGUACCCAGGUUCUGCCAAAGCAUCCAAGAAGGACCUCCGCUCCAUCGUCGAUGCCGUUGCUGAAAUCGGGCAGGGCAAAGUCCCGCUGCGCGACCUCUCUGCUCGGUGGGAUCUCGCCGCGGUAGCCACGAGGCCUUCGUUGCCUUUAAAUCUUCAGUCGUGGCAGAUCUCGUACACCCAGGCCAACGGCGAGGUCGCUAAGCGAUACGUGAUUGGUAUCAAGGACAAGAUCGUGGAGGAGCAGUAUUUCGUCUUGGUCGUCAGUGGUCCUACCCUGUACCAAGUCUCCCGAGAGGGUUUGCCAGGCGUCCUUGCUAUCGGAAGGUACAUGAUCAGUCGUGGACUGCCAUUCUCCACCGCAAUUGCCAGGAGCAUGAAGCACCAACCUCGGCGGCGCCCCGUCGGCCGCCCCACGAUCGGUGAGUAUCCCUGGGGGACCACCAUGCCAGCGGAGAGCUACAAGCAGUACGAACAAAUGCGCGAUGCUUUCCUGGCUACGCGCCGCGGUGCACUCGCACUUAAGGCCGGCGGAUUGCUUUGGCGAUUUGCCAUCGACAAAGCAACCAAAAGCCAGCGGGACGCUGCUCUGAAGCCUCCAAGUGCGGUAGCCUUGGACCACGGUGCCUGGAUGGGCUCAAUGCGCUCACUGGAUGUCGUCAGCGACUGCCUUGAAGAGCACGAGAUCGAUUUGAUCCUUGGAGCAUAUCGAACUCGACCGACCGACGGCCGUGUGGUUCACAAGGAGUCUAUCACCUUCCUUUGGCCACCCCCAAGUGCUUGGGCAAAGAGUGGCUUAAAUGUCGGGGAGUGGAGUCCAGCAGCAGAGGCGUGGUUCCAGGAGAGGCAGUCUCAUCUGCGCAGUGGGAAGGGGGUACCAAACUCCAUACGCAACUGGAAGCCUACCAUUCGCCGCCUCGCUGCAGUCCCUAAGUUCUGGGCAGCAUAUGAGAAACUCGCAGACGAGGCCUAUUCAUCGUAA